UCACGCACCUCUUUUUCCUCUACUCGCCUCUUCCCUCUCUCUCUCCAUCGCCACCUCGCAUUCCCAAUCAACCACCGCCUCCUCGAAAGAAACCCCGUAACCCAAAAACCAGAACAACAAGCAGAAAAGCAUCAGCGACGACAGCAACGACCGUUCGCCCGCCCACCCCGCCGUCAUCAUGCUUCCCCUGCGCGCGUCCUUCCGCGCGAUUCGGGCCCUGCCGUCGCCCGCCGCCGUCGCCACCACCGUCGGCCGCAGAGCCGCCGUCACCUCCCGCGUACCGGCCGCAACCCGCUCCUACCACGACAAAGUCAUCGACCACUACAGCCGGCCGCGGAAUCCCGGGUCCAUGGACAAGAAGGACCCGUCCGUCGGGACGGGCCUCGUCGGCGCCCCCGCCUGCGGCGACGUCAUGAAGCUCCAGAUCAAGGUCGACGAGAAGACGGGCACCAUCACCGACGCCAAGUUCAAGACGUUUGGCUGCGGCUCUGCCAUCGCCAGCUCCAGCUACCUGACCACGCUCGUCAAGGGCAUGCGGUUGGAUGACGCCGCCAAGAUCCGCAACGUCGACAUCUCCAAGGAACUCUGCCUCCCUCCCGUCAAGCUCCACUGCUCUAUGCUCGCCGAGGACGCCAUCAAGGCUGCCAUCGCCGACUAUCACGGCAAGAACCCCAAGGCCUCCAUCUCCGACCUCGCCGGCACCGCGCGGACGCUGGAGAAGGAGACGGCCGCGGCCUAAGUCGGAGAAAAAAACGUUUGACGACGAUGACGAUGGUGAUGCGUCGUCAGGUCAGCAGCGAGGGAGGACUUGUCACGAUACAGUUGCGUAGUGGGAAACGAAACUCGGCAUGGUUCAGGGCGAGUUGCCUUUUGUUUUGGUCGUUUGUUUCACCAGAGCGGAGUGGAGUUUAUCUUCAAGGCAUGGUGCGGAUUGACUGUACGCAAUCACGCGCGGCACAGGGAUACCGGGAUAUGUUUGCUUGUUACUGCGUCGGACGCGCGGCACCUCUCCCAAAAAUAAAAAGAGCUCGAGGUCUUGAUGAUCCCAGAAUGAACAUGAUUUCAAUGGGAGUAUGGAUGGAUAGCAUCGUCAGAAACUGAACCUCAAUUGUGCAUCCCCCUUCUAACAGUGUGUCUGCUGGC